CCCCAGUUUCUCAGUUCCCGCGUUGACUCGUACAUAGUACGGGUGUGGCGCUUUUUACUCCGGACUUUUUCGGUUCUUCGAGGCGGUUUUCUGACCAGUUCAACCAACAACGAACACCUAUCUCGGGUCUUCCCUAGGCUCCAAUCACAGUCAACCUCAUCGUGAACAGCGAGUCGAUAAGACGCGACAAGGGACGACAAGUCGACACGACAAGACGCGACAAGAUGUGGCGACUUGUUCUGACCGCGUUUCUGCUGGGUUCUCUGGCGGCGACUUCGGCUCAGAUAAGCCCAGUGAGCAAUGCUGCCUUCUACCCGUACGGACCCGGUACUGGAGACAUUCUGGACCCGACCGCUGACGACAGCACAUCGGGAGCUCAGGCCCUCAGCACCGCUUUCCCGUUCUUUGGAAGUUCCUUCAAUGCACUUUACGUCAAUACCAACGGUGACAUCUCCUUUGGAAGCGCGGUAACAAGUUACACACCCACUCCGUUUCCAGUGACUGGCAACAGGGUCAUCGCCGUUUUCUUCACCGACAUCAAGACAAGCUACUCACCCCGGGGUGGAUACAUUUACCAUCGAGAAACAACUGACGCUGGUGUACUGGCCAGGGCAACCAGCGACAUCCAGACAGCCUUCCCCACCGACCAUGGAAGCUUCGUGGCGACCUGGGUCUACAUCGCGACCUGGCACGAAGUUGGGCUGUAUGGCGCAAGCGAAAACGGUUAUAAUCUUAGAAACACGUUUCAACUGGUGCUGAUCACGGAUGGCUGCAAGUCCUUCACCCUGUUUAACUACGACCGGAUCGAAUUCUUACAAGGGAGAACCAACGACGGAGAUGGAACUACCGGUACUGGACCGAACCCUGCACAGGUUGGGAUCAACGGAGGAAAUGGGAUCCACUACUCCCUUCACCCGUACUCCAGGACCACUAAUCUGUACAACCUGCCCGGAUGGGUUGAUCCGGGUCCGGAGACACCGGGACCUGCCGGGCGUUGGUACCAGAGGACUGACCUGGCUCUGGUCGGAGACGGCCCAGAAUUAGCCUGCCCCUCCUCGGAGUGGCGUUUGCGUGGAGACACCUGCCUCAAGCUGUACCACAAGCCCCAGGAUUAUCCCACUGCAAAAUCGACAUGUGAGGGAAUGGGGGCGACAAUCUGGAACAUCCGCAGCCAGGAGGACAACGAGUUUCUGGCCGGAAAACUCUCUAAGUACCUCCGCCGUACUUACACUGGACGCGGUGUGUGGAUUGGCCUGACGGACGAAGGAACCGAAGGCACGUUUGUGUGGGACGACGGCACCCCGUAUGACUCAAGUGGCUACUCCAACUGGGCUUCGGGCGCUAUGGCCUAUAACGACGGGACCCGGAACUGUGUCCACAUGAAAAAGGCUUUCGGUUGGCAGUGGGUCAUCCAGGAGUGCGUGCUCGGAAAUGAGAGGAAUGCUUUCUUCUGCGCAAAGCCCGGAGAGGAACCGGAGGAACCCGAAUGUACCCCUGGCUCUUAAACAUCUCAGAAUUUGUCAACAGCCUUGUAGGUUAUGAAACAAGUUUGAACUGCAAUUUCCAACACAAGAAAGUAAACUUACCGAAAGUUUUGACUGUACAAGUUCAGUGUUUGUCAAGGAAUGGGCAAUCCACCGCUUCCGUGACGUCACGCAGAUAACACAAGUGACUCCGUGAGCAGUGGAUCGUAGGUUGUACAAAGGUCAGUUGGGUGAGUCCAACUUCUUGUGUUGGAAAUUGCAGUUCAAACUUGUUUCAUAAUGACUUCUACCAACGCAAUCUAAGUAAAUCGGGACUUAAUUUUCCUUAAACAUGGCUGAAGGAGUUAGACAGAAAUUUGGUUAAGUCCCAGUUUACUGACGCGUUAGAAAACAACUUGACAAGUCUGAUGACAAAACCAUUGCUGACAACUAUUCCGUUUCAAAGUAUCGGUGUAAAACAUAGCCUUGUGAGCAGAAUGCUAAAAUGAGUUAAGUUUUUAGAUGGGGAGUCCAAUGUUUUGCCUCCUGUGCAGGCCUUCUACACUCGCUGGGUGGGUUUAUUUGGUGGUUAUAGCAACUGAUAAGGUAUUUAAUAGCAUAUACACCUCGGGUAGGUCCUUUUACUGAUGACUCUUCAUCCCUUGCAAGAAAUAAGGUCGAGACUUUUCCUUUCCAUCUGGGUCUGUCCUCGGCCACCUUCUUUACUGGUCGCCAGGACAGUCCCAUAGACGCCAGGUCAUCUGACACAGUUCUUCUCCAGGUGGUUUUGGGUCUGUCUUUAUUCCUUAUCACAUCAGCUCUGUUUUAGGUACCCUUACGUCACCCAAUCUUUUUCAAAAACUCAUGGCCAAGCCAUUCAGUCUUCUGGGUGGGUCAACUAUAUGCUUAAAUAUACCCUUAUAUAAUUAUAUACCUUUAAAAAUAUUACUCUUAAAUAUGUGCUUAACCUCUAAUACUAACUAUUUUAACAGUAAUAUGGGAUGAGAGAUAAGUUUUUAGAUUCACUAAGUCAAACACAGUACUGGCAGCCUAUUUACCACAUCUACUUGAUUUUUAUGGGCACAAUAGCAAACGUUCAAUCAAAGUAUAAUAAUUGCUCACGACCUUUUUUCCUAAAAUUUGCUGUUGUCCUUUUUUUCUACAAAUUACAAACCCCCUCAUUUAUUUUUUCAAGUUCAACCUGCUUUUCAACAUGAACUCCGUGAAAUUACUUUAGUAUAAGUAUUAAGGUGGGCACAAGUUUUUGUGGUUGUGUUAUUAAUUUAAAAAACUUUCUGUUUUUAAGGUGUGUUGGUGUAUUAUAGUCAAAUCAAGUCAAAGUUUAUUGCACCAUAGUUACAUCGGGUAGAGUGUAUUGGAAACAACAAUUUGUCAGGGUUUGGUGGACAUGAUAUCAAUACCAUAGAAAAACAUUCUGUUUUUAAGGUGUGAUGGUGGAUUAUAGUAAAAUCAUGUCUAUUCAUGCUAGUGUACUAAUUAAGUAAUUAACGUCAUUAUUCAAUACAUUAUAUAAUGGAAUAAUAUAUAAUGGAAUAAUCGUACGUUUCACAAAAUAGUAAGCAACAGAACAUUAAUUCACCUAACAUGGUAUGUGUUAUGUUAAAACAUUUAGAUGUUAAAUGGCAGAUGUGGGUUCAAAGCUGUCACCUAUUCAAUAUCUUGGUUCUCUGAUUUGUUUCAUUUCGCUUUCGUCCAAGAUUGGCAACAAACAACGCAAAUUACAAUCAUUUAACUGUCCAGUAUUCAUGCCAUCAGUUACCGUGUUGGAAAUUUUGGAAAACAUCCUAUCUAAACCACCCAGCAAAGCAUUUUAUGAUUAACAGAUUAACAAAAUGUACAUUUUGUCAAAAAUGUAAUUAAUUGAAGUUCAGGAGAGAAGACUUGGUUUCUCAAAAUUGUUAAAAUGUCAAUGUGGAAUCGAAUACUAUUGUUUGCAUUUGACCCUUAAGUGUUUUAUGUUCCCCACUAAAUAAAAAACAAGAAAUUCAGUUAAUGUUACCUAAUUAUAAAGAACCAACCCAGAACGAAGGCAUAACUAUAAAAAAAAAAAACUUCAACAUUGUUUAGGUCUGCAUCUGCUGUUUGAUAUGUCAUAAUAGCGACAGCCUUACCGUAUAACAAUUAUAUAUAAUUAUGAUAUAUAGGAACGUAUACGAACGUAUUAAACCUUAAUCUAUUUACCUUAAUUAAUAACAAUAUCACAUACUGGUUCCGAUGGAAUUUUUCUCCCAAUUCAAAAUUAAAAAAAAAAUGUUUCAAAUUGUCCCGAAAAUAUCUGUACUUUUUCAACUUUUAAAAAUUGUCAUUCUGUAAAGUUGGCCCUGCGGAGGAAAAAGAGUAUAAAUUUAUUGUAAAUUUUGGCAAAAAAAUGAAUAAUAUGUGUUCACGUGUUAAGUCAUCUCUUAUCCUUUGUAUCAAUCCAGCAUGUGAUAUUGUUCUCUUUUUUAAAGUAAAUUCCUAUAAUUCUAUCCUCUUGAUUAUGUCACUCCCCAAACAAAGAAACAAACAAACAAACAACACAAUUAGAUCUCAGAGCAAUUGUACACUUCUAGGUCUGUCAGCAGAAAAACACAAAUGCAUUUAGGUAUCAGUAUUCUGGAUAAAGCUAUCACCAGUACAAGAUACAGGAAACGGUAUUAACAAACAUUACAACUGAUGCAAUUUGUAUACACGGAUUGGGCAAAGAUGUCUUAAUUAAGAAUUAAAAAAAAGAAGAAGAAGAAAUGAUGCAACGAAAAGAGGAAUAUGAUCGAGAAGGAAACACCAAAACCUUGCAGUGGACUUAGAGAAAAGCUUGCUCUAACAGACAUCUUUGAUUCUUUAAGUGUGACAUAUCAUCUUAUUUUUCUUAUAGCAAAGUAGUUACCUCUAUUGUCAUUUCAUUUCUUUGUUUCAGCCUUUGACAAUAGAUGUUAUAAAAAAA